UUUACUUGGCAAUGUUAACCCGCCAGCAUGGUUGUGUGUGUAAGACAGAAAGAUAGAGAGAGAGCGCAAGAGAGAGAGAGAGAUAGACAGGGCUACAGACAGGACCUUGGCACAGGCAGAGAGGCUUGUGGGUACGGUGUGGAUGUGGAUUGCAAUGGGCUCGUGGAGGCAAUGGUGGUUUCUGUCUCUCUCUCUUCUGAGCAGUGUCCUCCUGGUCUGCAGCUAUGGGAGAGUGUUCAGACCCCCUGCGCACGCCAGCACGGUCUUCCUACGGUCGAAGAGAGCGAAUGCGUUCUUCUUGGAGGAGAUGCUUCAGGGGAACCUGGAGAGAGAGUGUUAUGAGGAGACCUGCAACUACGAGGAGGCCAGGGAGUACUUUGAAGACACACCCAAAACUGACACUUUCUGGAAUGUCUACGUAGAUGGGGACCAGUGCAAACCCAAUCCCUGUCUCCAUGGCGGCAGCUGCAAGGACAGCAUUGGAGGUUUCACCUGUAGCUGCACAGAGCUGUACCACGGGAAGAACUGUGAAAUAGAUAGCUCUCAGUGCCCCACCAAGGGGCCCUUCUCCUGUGACCACUUCUGCAGUCCCAACUUUGGAGCAUACCAGUGCUCCUGCACCACGGGGUACAAGAUUCACAGUGAUAAGAGGAGCUGCAUACCUGCAGUUAAGCACCCCUGUGGAAGACUCCAGCCAACAAACCAAAUCAACACAGCCUAUCACGUCUGUCCACACAACCGCUGUCCAUGGCAAGUGGUGUUUGUGGAUGAGGCUGGUGCAGAGCUGUGUAGCGGGGUGAUCCUGGGGCCUCAGGCGGUCCUGACCUCAGCUAGCUGCCUGUACAUGGGAAAGAAAGUCCACAGCAUGCAGACAGGUGCCUCAAAUAAUAGUGUGAGGAUCCAUCUAUCGACCCAACUGUACGUUCACAACCGCCACGAGAGAGGCAGUCUGGAGGACGACCUGGCCUUGGUGAGACUGAAUGAGCCCCUUCCCUUCGGCACCUCUGUCUCCCACCUGUGCCUGCCCACUAAGGAUUUCAGUGAGAACGUGUUGAUGAGUCCAGGAAGGGAGGGGGUGGCCAGGGGUCCGGAUAAGUUCCGGGGGCAACCCCACGGCCCCCCUGUUCUCUCCUACCUGCAUGCGGAGGGCUGUCAGAACCAGGUGAACGUCUCCCAGCCCCUCACCAACAAGAUGUUCUGUAUGGGGAGCCAGAAGGGCUUCUGUGGGACUGAGUUGACUAGGUUUAAUGAGACAGACCUCAAACCAGGACUAAUGAGGAACUGCAGCCUUUUGUCCGGGACCCCCGUUGUGACUGUGGAGAGGGGUACAGCGUUCCUAACAGGCUUGCACCUUUCGCCACCCACGUCACAUGGCUGUGGACAAACCCUGUUGUUCACCAAGCUGUCUCGCUACUUGCAAUGGAUCCAGCAGCGCCUGGAGAUGACAGAGAUGAGGAUGACACCACAAAUGACCCAUGACCCACCUGGACCUUAUGUGUAACCCCAACUAAGGGUUAGCCUGAUCCCUACCUACACUGGACUUACAGCCAACAACUAAGGGUUAGCCUGAUCCCUACCUACACUGGACUUACAGCCAACAACUAAGGGUUAGCCUUAUCCCUACCUAAACUGGACUUACAGCCAACAACUAAGGGUUAGCCUUAUCCCUACCUACACUGGACUUACAGCCAACAACUAAGGGUUAGCCUUAUCCCUACCUACACUGGACUUACAGCCAACAACUAAGGGUUAGCCUGAUCCCUACCUACACUGGACUUACAGCCAACAACUAAGGGUUAGCCUUAUCCCUACCUACACUGGACUUACAGCCAACAACUAAGGGUUAGCCUUAUCCCUACCUACACUGGACUUACAGCCAACAACUAAGGGUUAGCCUUAUCCCUACCUACACUGGACUUACAGCCAACAACUAAGGGUUAGCCUGAUCCCUACCUACACUGGACUUACAGCCAACAACUAAGGGUUAGCCUGAUCCCUACCUACACUGGACUUACAGCCAACAACUAAGGGUUAGCCUUAUCCCUACCUAAACUGGACUUACAGCCAACAACUAAGGGUUAGCCUUAUCCCUACCUACACUGGACUUACAGCCAACAACUAAGGGUUAGCCUUAUCCCUACCUACACUGGACUUACAGCCAACAACUAAGGGUUAGCCUGAUCCCUACCUUCACUGGACUUA